UCAUUCACAACCUUACACAAAAACACAUUAUAACACACUCUUUGUGCAAACUUCAAAUUUUAAAGAAUCUUUUAAUUUCAUCGACUUGCUAGACACUAUUCAACAAAAAUGUUAAUGUCAUCGUCGGAGGAGAAUCACCGGAAAACAGUGGAGGACAAGGCUGAGAUGAGGAGAAGAAAAAGAGCAAUUUGGGAAAGAAAGUGGAAGAGAUUGGACAUUGUGAAAGCUUUUGCUUCUCUCUUUGUGCAUUUCCUCUGUCUCUUAGCUCCUUUCCAUUUCACUUGGCCAGCUUUACGGGUUGCACUUGUUGUCUAUACGGUGGGUGGGCUAGGUAUCACCGUCUCUUACCACCGUAACUUGGCUCACCGGAGCUUCAAAGUCCCUAAAUGGCUCGAGUAUUUGUUUGCUUAUUGUGGUCUUCUUGCCAUUCAGGGAGAUCCGAUUGAUUGGGUCAGCACACAUCGAUACCAUCACCAGUUUACAGAUUCAGAUAGAGACCCACAUAGCCCUAAUGAAGGCUUCUGGUUCAGCCAUCUCCUAUGGCUAUUUGAUACUGGUUAUCUUGUAGAAAAGUGUGGAAGAAAGACAAAUGUGGAGGACUUAAAGAGGCAGUGGUUCUAUAAAUUCCUUCAAAGAACGGUCCUGUACCACAUUCUAGCAUUUGGUUUCCUCCUCUAUUACUUUGGUGGUGUGUCUUUCCUUACGUGGGGAAUGGGUAUUGGGGUAGCAAUGGAGCAUCAUGUGACUUGCCUCAUCAACUCUCUUUGCCAUAUUUGGGGAAGCCGAACUUGGAAGACCAACGACACUUCUCGUAAUGUUUGGUGGCUAUCGGUAUUCUCGUUUGGGGAGAGCUGGCACAACAAUCACCAUGCCUUUGAGUCGUCGGCGAGACAAGGCCUAGAGUGGUGGCAAAUCGACAUCUCUUGGUACAUCGUCCGCUUUCUCGAAAUAAUCGGUUUGGCUACUGACGUGAAGCUGCCUUCAGAGAGUCAACGGCGUCGUAUGGCAUUGGUUCGUUGAAUGAGGAUAUUCGACUUAUCGUCUUUAUUAAGUAUCAUUUAAAUGUCUACGUACGUUUCAAGGUUUUGGUAAGGGUAACACUUGUAAUAUUGUGUUAUCCGGUGUUUGUUGUGUGUGGCCAUGUGGGAACCAAUUUGCUUAAUUACGUUCGUUUUCGUGAACUUCUAAUAUGCGUAAUGAAGUUUAUCA